GCGGCCGCCGCUCCCGCUCCGCCGCCCCGGCCCGGCCAUGCCGCGCCUCCUCCUCCUCCUUCUCCUUCUCUUCCUCCUCGUCCCGCACCUCGGCCGCGCCACCACCCCCAGCCCGGGGAACAGCACGGAGCCGCCGCGGGCGGCCACACGGAACGAAACUCAGUCGGGGUCGGAGCAUGAGUCCGGGCCGAGGCUGUCGGUGGGGUCGGGGCUGCCGGUGCUGAGGCGGGCGGUUUAUGUGCUGAGCGCUCUGUCGGCGCUGGCCGCGCUUUACUUCGUGCUGCGGGCGUUCCGCCCCAGGUCCGAGGGCCCCAGAAAUGAGCCCAAAACUCAUUUCAGGUUGAAGAAACCCCAGAGGAAGAAGUACGGGCUGCUCUCGAGCCAGGACGAGAACAUGGAGCUGGGCUCCCUCGACAGUGACGAGGACACCGUGUUUGAAACCCGGAACCUGAGGCGAUGACUCGGGAUCAGCAGCACUGCCUGGAAUGGUGGAGGAUCCAGUCCCAGUGGAAUCUCCAGUGCUCAAGUUUUAUAUCUGCUUACAGUGACUUAAUUAACAGUUGGAGCCCUUCCAUAGCUGGGACAGGGGAGAGGGGACCAAACCUGUUUUCUUCACGUGCAUUCUUGGGGACAUUUCUGGGGAAGGAUGGGAGCUCUUCACUGCAUAGGUAAGGGAGAGGUAAGGGAGAGGUAAGGGAGAUGCUCCUGGAUGAUUUUCAGCAGCUGAAAUCUGAGCCCGAGAGCUGCCCCUGUGCCUCAUAUCCCUCUCUCUUUGCCCUGGAAGCAUCAGAUUCCUUUUCCAGGCUGAUCCUCUUUCCUUCCUGCAGUAUCAGGUUACUUCUUUGGGAAGUGUCUCUGUAAUCUGCUCCUGGGAGGAGCUGGGAGAGCUCUCGGUGUCUGUUACUCAAACGGGGGUGGGAGGGUGAUAGUUCAGACAGAACAGCUUUGGGAAUGAGUUAAACGAGUUAAAUUUUGCAGGAUUGGCAGUUACUGGGAUAAUCCAAGUAAUUCAUGGGUUUACAGACAUGGUUACGAAUGAAAGGGGCCACAACCCAAAGGAAUAUUUCUCCAAAAGAGCCACCAAAAGGACUGGGAAUGCCUGGACUCUGCCCAGCCCCUGUGGUGAGUUCUCCAGGGACAUGUGUGACAUCUGCCAAGCUCUGGAGUUUGUGAUACCUGAGGAAGAGCCAGGUGUGAGCCAGGAGCAGCUGAUGACUGGAAAAGGGGGGACCCCAGCCCCUCUGGACUGUGAUUCAGGGUUAUCUCCUCUCAAGGACCCCGGAGUUUCGUUCCCUUGGCUGGUACUCAGCCAGGAUCUUUCCUGCAGCCCAUUGUUAUGUGCAUAUUUGGGAUCUGAUCGUGUAGGACCAAAGGUGAAUGUGUCAGGAGGUUGUUGUUGGGUGCAUCUGCUGCUAAAGCAGUGAAAUCUGCUCGCCAAGUGCUCCUGCCCGUGGCCUUUUCCUGGAAACUGGCAGCACAUCCUUAAAUCCCAUUUCCCCACCCAAGCUGGUAGUGCCUUUGUUUGGAGAACCCGAGGGAUUUGCCCUGUGGGCAGGGAGGGUCCCUGUGGCACCUUUAGGGUGAAUAUUUAGAAUAUCUUUGGAAUGUCUCUGACUCCUUUCCUUUGGCUUGCAAAUCCCCUGUGGAUCAGGGGCACCGCUGAGAGGGGACAGGGAUGUGCUGAUCAGGGAGAGGCUGGGGGCUGGCAGCUGCUGCAGGAUCUCCAGAGGCAGCUGAGGGAGUGCUGUGAUCCUGUGCUUUGUCUGUUCAGGACAAGUGAGGUUCCCUGGAGAGAUCCCACCUCCGUGGCAGCUCUGUCUUGCAUGUGCACAAAGAAUUUUAAAACACAUAUAUAUAUAUAUUUUUAAUAAGGUUGCCUGUUCGCACACAGUGCUUGGAUGUGCCCUGUUUUCCUGUUUUCCUGUCCAUUGGAUCGUUUCACACCUAUUUUGGGUGUUCCCUGCUUGUUGUAGCUGCUGCAGAGGUUCCAUGUGGGAGUUGCUGGGAUGAUCCUGAUCCUGCAGGGCUGCAUGUGCUGGUAAUUCCCUGGCUCUUCUAUUCCCUCUGGAAUGUUCCCUGUGCUGUUAAAGCCAGAUGGGCCCAACUGUCCCAAUCCACUGCCAUGCUCAGUGUUUGACCAGCACAUUCCUCAUCCUUUACCUGGAGUGAUGAACCUGAGCAUUCCUCAGGCUCCCCUCUUGUUGGACAGGUGGGGUUUGCAUUUCUCAAGUUUCCUCACCUCGCAGGAGUGGAGCAUUUGUUAAAUGAUUCGCAUCAGAGGGAACCUCAAGCAGUAGAUCCUGCCCUGAAAAUAAUUCUGGAAUUAAUUUUGGCUGGAGCAGAUGUGUUUGAGCAGGGAAAGGCCUGGAGCAGGUCAUGAGGUGCCUGGGCUGUGCUGUGUGGGUACCAGAGAAGGAAAUUGAGGUGCCAGCCUGGAAUUUCUACACCACUUCCAUGUUUUCAGAGUCCUGCUGGCUUUAAAGUCCUUUAAAUCUUGCUGACCUUUAAAGGGUGCAGGGUACAAAGGUACUUGUGGGGCUGUCACUUGUCCUGGUCUUGGCCUGGAGACAGGUUGGAGCUGUAAUCAGAGAAGCUGAAAUCUCUGAAGCUGUUUCCACUUCCAUCCUGCCCCUUGGCAGCAGCUGGCAUCUGGAUUUACCCUUUGCAGGCUGUGACAUUCCAUCCCUGCUCUGCUCUGAGUCCUUGGAGGCCUUUUCUAAGAGGAGAAAACCAAGUGACAGACCUGAGAGUCCUUGGGGUGCUCAGCAUGAUCCCAUUUCUCUGGGAAGAAUCGGCAGGAGCUGUCACUUCCUGCAGUGUGAGCAGGGCCAGGCCAGGUGUUUUUGGGCUGGAUCCUGCAAAUAACAGCAGCUUUGAACACCUCACACGACAUUUCCACAGAGGAGCAGUUCAAGUGUUCCUUCCAUUACUCUUUCAGUUCCUCCACGUGUAUUUGAUAACUUUGUUUUAGGUCUUUUUGCACCAGUUGGAUCUUCCAGUAGCUUUCCAGUUUUAGUUUUUCAGGCUAAACAUGGGAAUGCAAACAGAGCUGCCUGUGCCUGGCCCUGGGCAGGCUGAAGCCUCACCAGCCACUGCUGCACUUUUCUUUCUCCUGGAUGAAUCAGGGUGUUGGUGGAGGCUCCACGUGCCUGUUGGUCUGCAGGAUUCCUGCUCAUCCCAGCCCAAAGGAGCCACGACCCGUAACACCAGCGUGCGUCACGACUGACAACAACAGUCUGCUCUGAAUUACGCCAAAGCCAAUUUCCCAAAGUUUACAUCAUCCUUCUGUUAUCUUGGAGGCUUUCUGGGAUGCUCUGCUGCUGUUACUGGCCUGCCCAAACCGACUGGGCCAUCUGCAGGGUUAAUGGGAUCCGUGGGAUCCAUGGGAGCGGGGUGAGAUCAGCUCUGUGGGUUUUGUUCUGUGCCUGGGAUGGGACCUGCAGCACUGGGAGUGCUGGGAGUGGGAAUCAAUAAACAAUAAAAUAAAUAAAACUUGA